AUGGAGAAGGUGAACAUCGAACCUUGUGUGAAGAUGGACACCCAAACCCUUGACCUUCUCAAGAUAAGAGAUGAUGUCACAUGGUACAUAAGGAAGCUAGGCUUGAGCAAGCUCUUCAAGCUAGAAUGUAGCGAUGCCAAUGGGCGCAUCUCCAUCUCAGCUCUAUGCCAACUCUUUGGACUUCCCAAUGAGACAGCACAUGACUUCAAGGAGAACUCAAAGAGGAAACAAGCUGCCUUUGCUGAUUGGACACACUUUGCCAAUGAACCAUUCUUGCCUUCAAGAUCAAAGGUGUCUAGAAUCACUCAUCCAGCCAUUCGCUAUGUGCACCGCCUCAUCUCCACCACUUUCCAAUGCAAACAAGAAGCCAACAAGACAUUUAUCAAUGUGAGGAAGCUAGCUCAAGACUUGGAAGGCAACAAGAAGCUUUGUGUUCGUUUUGGGAGGCUUAUCACGGCCAUAGUACAACAUGUGGGGAUUGACAUUCCCAACUAUGAGCCACUACCCAAGCCAACCCCUUUGGAUCUCCAUGCUCUUCAGCACAUCCACUUCCUAAACCGUUGGACUAAAACCCAACUCGGUUUUGCUAUGAGUUUCCAAUUGGUCCAGCCAACACUUCCCUUGUCUUGCUGCCACAUGAAGACAUCCCAAGCCUACGCUCAGGUGUUGUCACUUUCCAGCCCAAUGAGGAAGACUUCUAUGUUCCAUCAAGUGAGAAACCAUCAUUCCCCAUGCUCACCUAUCGCACACUUCAGCAUGCAGUCAAGACUCAACGCCGCCACCAAGAACGCCAUGUUCUCACUACUGGCAUGGCCGCGCACCAAGCUCUAG